AUGUGGCCGCCUUUUUGGGAACAGUUCAACCAAGUGAUCCACAACAACGGUGGCCUCACCGACGUCGACAAGUUCACCUAUCUACGCUCAUUCUUGACCGGCGACGCGGCAUUGGCGAUCGCGGGACUUCCAGCAACCGCGAGCUGCUACAGUGAUGCCCUGGACAUUCUAAAGCGCCGCUUUGCUAAGGACGACUUGAUCAUUCAGGAUCACAUGCAGCGACUCAUCGACUUGCAACCCGUUCGAUCCCCCAAUGACCUUCGUGGCCUUCGAAGCCUCUACGACACUGUGCAGUCCCAGACACGUGCCCGCAAGACUCUCGGGAUAUCGGAAGAUAAUUAUUCUUCAAUGCUCUACCCCAUUCUCCUGAAAUCGCUUCCUCACGAUAUUGUCCUCGAUUUCAACAAGACCAUCGCAUGCCAGAGUUCCGAGGAAAGGGGAGGAGCUGGAAGCACUGGCGAACAAGCACAGCGCACCCAGCUACAUAAGCCGAGCAUUAAGUCUUUGCUGCUUUUUAUUCAAACAGAAAUAGAGUCUCUCGAACGAACAGUCCUGCAUGUUUCUGUAUAA